AUGAACUUGCUUCUCUCCGACGACUACUUGCUCCAGGACUACCCGGAAAGCAUCACGGGCACCAUACGAUCGGGCCAUGCGACUUUUCUACGGUUUAAUCGCAAGGGAGACUACCUCGCUUCCGGGCGCGUCGAUGGAACUGUUGCUGUCUGGGAUCUGGAGACUAUGGGCGUGGCGAGGAAGCUGCGUGGCCACAACAAAAGCAUCACAUUUCUCAGCUGGUCUAGAUGUGGUCGCUACCUGCUCUCUGCGUGCCAGGGAUGGAGGGCCAUUCUGUGGGAUCUGAAAGACGGCAGCAGGUUCCGCGAAGUUGAUGACCCCGGCCCUUCGCCACUGCUUGCCUCACUAACCGCGGCCAGCUUUCAAUUCGUCGCCGCUGUAUUCGAAGAACAGCCUGCCCUCGUUGAUGUUUCCGAACCCGUCGAUGUCAAGCGCGUACUCCCUUCCGCACCGAAACGAGCGAACGCCGACGAGCGACAGACAAAAGAGGAUGCCAAACAGAUGACCACAUCAGCGGUCUGGACCACCUCCGGGAACCACAUUCUUGCUGGAACAAGCAAGGGCAAGAUCAACAUCAUCGACGCCAAAACGCUCGAGAUCAUCUACUCCGAAAAGAUCUGCGCCGGCGCAAUCACUACGCUGCGAAUUACGAGUUCCGGUCGCGAUCUUUUGGUCAAUUCACAGGAUCGCAUCAUUCGCACACUACGGAUACCGAACCUGUCUGCCGAGGACCUCGAUCCGGACACGAUACAAAUACCAAUUGAGCACAAGUUUCAAGACGUCGUCAACCGCCUGUCAUGGAACCACGUCACGUUCAGCGCAACAGGCGAAUAUGUUGCUGCGUCGACAUAUAACAACCAUGAGCUAUAUGUUUGGGAGCGCAACCAUGGGAGUUUGGUCUGCAUGCUCAAAGAUCCAAAGGAAGAACAAGGAGUCAUCGAAUGGCACCCUGCUCGUGCCAUGCUGGCAGCCUGCGGAUUAGAAACGGGCAGAAUAUACAUUUGGUCAGUCAUUAGCCCGCAAAAGUGGUCGGCUUUGGCGCCCGAUUUUGCCGAGGUCGAGGAGAACGUCGAGUACAUUGAAAAGGAAGACGAAUUCGAUCUCUAUGCGCAAGAAGAGAUCCACAGACGACGACUGGACGCAGAAGACGAGGAGGUGGACGUUAUGACCAAGCACCAGCUGAAGAUUGAGGACGAGACGGAAGGUGAAGAGUUUCGCAUGCCGAUUCUGUUCACUCUGGGCGAAAGCGAUAGCGAGGACGAGUUCAUAGCCGUGUCAACGGGGACAAUGCGUCGUCGAAGUCCCGGAGACGACCAGUCUGAUUCACACGCGGGAGCUGAGACUGUCCCGCCAAAACGGGGAGCCGGCAAGGGCGGGCGCAGUAAUAAGCGAAAAUGA